AGGACAGGUUUGGAGGGAUAUGGACCAAGCGCAGGCAAGUGAGACUGGUACAUUGUUGGCCGGUGUGGGUGAGUUGGGCCGCAGGGUUUGUUCGACACUGUAUCACUCUCUGUCUCUAAGGUUUGAUAAUGGGGUUGAGAGGGAAAGAUAGAUCAGCCAUGGUGGAAUGGGCGGCGUAGAUUCGAUGGCCUGAAUGGCCUCAUUCUGCUCCUAUGACUUACAGAUUGAUGGUAACCAGGCAAUGUAGCCAGACAGGGCAAGGACACGGUGGUCUCAGUUCUUGCACAAGCUUCUAAAGAAAACACUGAACUCGUUGGACAUGAUGGCGGCGAUGAAGGAUGGAACGCGCCAGUGCAGAGGCCGGUGGGUCGGCGCUGCUUGUUGCCAUGGUGAGACAGUGGACGUGUGGGCUUGCUCCGCAGACAGUGUUGUUGCAACAACUGACUGUGUAACUUGCCAAGGGAGUGGCUGAUCACCAAAUCCCAGCCCUGCAGCGAUCCGCUGGUAACUCCCCUCCUUGCAGCAGCUCCACUGCUCAUAGCCGUGGGAGGGAAGAGGCUUAAUAGGAUCUCACACUCGGUCCCGGAACACGGCACUUCACCGGAGUCACCCUUGCUCAGCACACGGACACGGAGAGCGACGCCGGCAACCGCUCACUUCGCGAAUACACCUCAGCGGUCUGACUUCAUAUCGCCUGCAAACUAAACACCUGCAACUCGCAUCCAGCGAGACAGAUUAAUGAUGCAGGGCACUUUGAACCACGGCCCACACCUGGACAGUGGCCAGGCCGGCUGCCUACACACCCGCAUGGAGACCAUCGUGUUGAACGGAGCGGCGGUCAGUCACGGCCAUGCCAGGGCCGUGUGCCCGGGGCGGGGACCGGAUUCACGGGGAGACUCCUUUGAGCCGAGCGUGCGCUGGACGUGCCGGGAGAUCAGCGUGUCCCCAGCGCCCGGUUGCCAGACACAGGAGGGGUCUCUGUCCGGGCUGGGCAGGUCCCAGACGUUCAUGGCGCGGCCGGUGGGCAGUCAGAAGCCCCCUAUCCACGACGGAGUGCGGCGGGUGAAUAGCACCCGUGUAACCGCGCAUCAGGAGAGAGCGAAGGUGUCGGAGUAUUCAGGGCGGCAUAGCCCCCCCUUCAACACAAACUGCCCGGACAGCGAGCCUUUGUCACCAAGUCUGGAUGCCACCCUGGAAAACCUCAACAACCUGAUUCUGGAGCUAGACCCGACCUUCCAGCCCAUCAACACGUGUCCCAGUAGAGGCCGUUUAACGAGCGGGCUGCAGGGGUCAGCUGGCCGAAGACUCGCUGCUCGACACACAUACUCCGGCCACUCCCUGCCGCGGCCCGGCCUAGCCCAACCCAACCCGGCCCAGCCCGGGAUCCUGAUCUACGAUGAAUGGGACUCGAGAAGCUCCGACCAUGACAGCACCUCCCUCAGCUUGACGUGUGAGUCCGACUCGCCUGGGUUGCGCCACCAAAGCACAGCCGUGCCGGUCUACAGGAUGGUAGGUCCACGCAUCGCCUCGUCCCGCCUCGUCCCGCCUCGACCCGCCUCGACCCGCCUCGACCCGCCUCGUCCCGCCUCGUCCCGCCUCGACCCGCCUCGUCCCGCCUCGACCCACCUCGUCCCGCCUCGACCCGCCUCGACCCGCCUCGUCCCGCCUCGACCCGCCUCGUCCCGCCUCGACCCGCCUCGUCCCGCCUCUGGGACAGCGCGGAGCCCCGUCUUGCCCGGUGCAUCGUUCAACGUGACCCAGCCAAGCCCCGAUGUGCUGUUGUCUUUACUAACGGCAGUAUUCUCUCCACAGCCCGAGACCACACCGCACCAUGUGCUCGAUGCAGGGAAGACGAACUGCUCCUCUCUCGCAUACAGUUCCUACAGCCCCGCUGCUUCCAGCACGCCACACUUCAGGCCAUUGUCCCCCGACUCUUGGAUUGCUGCCAACCAGGUCGACUCCCCGCCGUGCGUGACCCAGCGACAGAGGCAAGCGUCAGAUUGCCUGGGCCCAAACUCCAGCUCUCCCCAGCGCAGUUCCCAGCCUAUCGCUGUACCUCCCGCCAGCAGCAGCCCUAGCUCCAUCACCAGCUCCAUGCCUCACCAGCAAUCCCACAUGCCCGUGAACAUGACAAUAAACGGCCCUGGAGAACAAUCUGGCUCCUACCUGUCAACCUCCACAGACUCUGGCUACCUGCUUACCCCCGCCCACGGACAGAGGCGCAGACUCGGCGACAGCGCGCCCUCCCUCAGCUCUCCCCACCUCCCAGCCCACGCUGUACCUCCCAACAUGGGCCCAGGUAUAUUUUCUCCUGUGUUUAGUUCGCAGUCCCUGUUGAGCGACGAGGGAGAGGCCGGGAGAUUUUACCGGGCAGCGGGGAGCACCUUCGGUUCGUCCGGUUCGUUUGUUAACCUGCGGAGCCCGUACAUAGUGUCACCCAGCCCGGCCAGCGAGCAGCAACAACACGGUAAAGCCGCCAGCUUCCGUACCCUGCCCCUCCCGCGGCGCCAGGCAGCGUCGGGCUCAGCCGGUGGUGACCCGGCAGCCGCGCCACACGGACAGUCCACGCACGGGUUGAAGAAACAAGCUAACAGUUGCCCGGCUUCGGCCGCCGGCUCCUGCACCGACAUCCCGCUGCUCCUACUCAACGGAUGCAGCCAGUUCCCAGCGCACGACGCCCGCGGGCCGCAGAGUCAGAGACUGCCGUCUAUCUCCGCCAGCACCUCCAGCCUGCCCCGCUCUGACUGCCCCACCAGGGAAUUCUCCAAAGCUGCCAGCACCUCAGAUAUCCCACGUGAUGUAGAACCUACGGUGAAAUUUGUACAGGAUACAACCAAGUAUUGGUACAAACCACAUGUCAGCAGAGACCAGGCCAUUGAGAUACUGAAAGACAAGGAGCCAGGUUCGUUCCUUAUACGAGAGAGCUCCACGUAUAUCGGGUCUUUCGGACUGGCCAUGAAACUCGCAUCCAACCCAGACAGUCCCGAGAUAAAGACGGGAGAUUCUUCCGGCGAGUCAGUCCGACAUUUCCUCAUCGAGUUCUCUCCAAGAGGAGUGUGUUUGAAAGGCUGUCCCCAGGAACCGUACUUCGGCAGCCUGUCCGCACUGGUCUACCAGCACUGUAUCACCGCGCUCAGCCUGCCCCGCGCACUGCGGCUGCCCCGGAAAGAGAGUCCGAAGGACCGGAGUGAGGGCCGGAGUGCGGACGCGGCCGGAGACAACGCCUCUCCCCAGAGAAAGGCCGGAGCGGGCUGUCCUGUUCUCUACCUGAACUCGGUGACCAUGGAGUCGCUGACGGGGCCACAAGCCGUGCUCAAAGCGACCUCGUGUAUCCUGGAGCAGCAGCCUCUCACCCACCCCAUUCGGGUGCAGUUCCAGGUGUCCGAACAAGGCAUCAUCCUGACAGACAGCAAGCGGAAAUUGUUCUUCCGACGUCACUACCAGGCCGGCUCCAUCAACCACUGCGGCCUCGACCCCAUGCAGCGGAGGUGGCGGAAAGACAACGAGCCGUCGAGAAUCUUUGCGUUCGUGGCGAAAAAACAGGGCGGUUCGUCGGAGAACGUGUGCCACGUGUUCGCGGAGCUGGAGCGGGAGAACUCCGCACACCUGAUCAUUGGGCUGGUGACCAGCAGGCUGCUGGAGCCGCAGCGGAGGUGACGGGUCGUUGACCAGCAGGCUGCUGGAGGAGAGGGGCCGGCGGACAGACGGUGGUAGACCCCAAACCCCUACCCCGCGCUGCCCAUCGGCCCAUCUCUCUUCCCACUGCCCCGGGCACACGGCCAGAGGCUGGGACCCCAUCUCCAGCCCCAACGCCCAGCAGCCGAGCAUCACAGCGCCGUGGAAUGUGCGCGCUGUUUCACAACAGGUUCAAUUCACAGCAGGAGCCACAGGUAUUGAAAGAUGCAGCAGGCCCUUCGGCCCGCCCAGUCCACACCCACCAUCGAUCACCCAUUCACACUAGUUGUAUGUUUCCCACUUUCACGUCCGCUCCGUCCACACUGGGGAUAAUGUACAAAGGACCAAUUAAUCUACACGUGACGCGGGAGGAACCCGGAGCAACCGGAGGAAACCCACGAGGUCACAGGGAGAACAUGCAAACUCCACACAGCCAGCACCCGAGGUUAGGCUCGCACCCGGUUCGCAGGCGCAGUGGGCAUUUCUGUUGGAGUCCAACACGCAGCGAGUCAGUUUGGUCAGAUUCCCCGUGUCCCCGACCCCCUCACUGCGCGCCACAGUUCACAUUCUAAGGUAAUGCUCUAAAUGCAGGUUCAGGUUGCCGAUGAUCUCACAAGCCCAUGUGGUCCCGACACCUUCGCCCCCUGCUGCCUCCUCUGAGAGUGAAGCUCCCACUGCCCACGUCGCCUGCCAAGACCCCCCACCCCCACCACCACUGUGCCUGUAGCCUCUCAGUGUCCGGCUCCAGGCCUGCGCUGAUAUGUUGCACCUUACGGGAUAGAGGGCAUUUUAAGCACACUCGCUUCACUGCGCCUGUUACUGUUUAACAGAAUGUAAUCACCAAAUACAAAUUACCUUCAAAUAAAUAGUUCCUAUAAUUUAAUACAUUGCAAACUGUUCACUGAUUGUCAAAAUAAUUGUAUCAUUGUCAAUCUCACUCUAUACUUAAAAUAAUGAUAUUCUGUGUUUAAAUGAUGUAUCUGUGUUUAAAUGAUGUAUCUGUGCAAUUAAUAUUCGUUCUGCGUCUCUUUAAAUUGUGUACUUUAAAAAUUAAAUAUUUUUUCAGCUUGA